UUUUGAAGUUUACCCCAUUAACCUAAUUUUGCAUAUUUACAGGCUGCUUUAAGAACAAAAUCAAAUUAAAACGCUCCUAGAUUUUAUUCAACAAUUUACUCAUCCACCAUCAGUACCUUUCCAGCCACAAUCUGCCGCAAAGAAAAUCCAUCAACAUAGGACUCUCCGAGACUGCCAUUCUAGAUAUAAUGGCUGCAAACUUACAGCAGCAGCGCGCCAUAAAUGAGCAACUCCAGCGUGAAGCUGGCAUACCGCGGAUGUCAGUUUCAGAGGCAAGCACCUUAAUGAUAAAAUAUGUGUCGGAGCACGAAAAUGAAGAUUGCCUGUUAAGUGGCUUCUCCAGCCAAAAAGUAAAUCCGUUUAGGGAGAAGAGCUCGUGUAGUAUUUUGUAAGGAUUUCAUACGACGCGACGGUGAAGAUGGAUUUUACAAAAUAACUUGCUCAAUUUGUGUUCGGGGGAGAAGAAGAAAAACCAAAAUGAAACUAUUGUCAAUGUUGUGUGUACCUACUACCUACCUAUUUAAGGAUAUGAGUCUUUCUCGUAUUUCAACAAAAAGAAAAAUAUAUAUCUAAUAUAUCAAAACCUUCAGCACUCUUUAGAUAAAUAUACAUUUGAAAACAAAAAGAUAACUGCAAACGGAAACCGUCUUAUCUAGAUUUGUAAACUUAUAUGUUAGUUAUUAUGUAAGCAACAAUUAUAAAACAAAAACAUUUUACAAUUUGGAACUAUAUACUGUAACUCUGGUGUUUAGAACUUAACAAAAAUAUAGAUGAUGUAGUUUACUAUCAGCACAAACUGGGUGCGCAGAACUCUUAAGUAUUAUCAUGCCAUGUGAUUGAAAUAAGCAAAACUUUAAAUAUUAAAUCUAGUAGUUAAAUAUAUACAAAACUUUAUGAAAGAAUA